GCGGACUUUAGGGAAGAAAGGAACUACAGAUGGUAAGAAGCAUUUUUUCCUUUUUCGCUAAAAAGAAAAAAAUGGCGAGAAGCAUCUCUUACAUUACCUCUACUCAGCUCCUUCCUCUCCAUCGUCGUCCUAACAUCGCCAUCAUCGAUGUCAGGGAUGAAGAGAGGAAUUAUGACGGGCAUAUAGCUGGGUCGCUACACUAUGCGAGUGGCUCGUUUGAUGACAGGAUCUCUCAUCUUGUUCAAAAUGUCAAGGACAAAGACACACUUGUCUUCCAUUGUGCUUUGAGCCAGGUUCGUGGCCCAACUUGUGCAAGAAGACUCGUGAAUUAUCUGGAUGAGAAGAAACAAGAUACUGGAAUAAAGAACAUCAUGAUCUUGGAACGCGGCUUCAAUGGCUGGGAAGCUGCUGGAAAACCGGUUUGCCGCUGUGCAGACGUUCCUUGCAAAGGCGAUUGCGCCUAAGCCCUACUUAACCAUUCGAACCUAAUUGAUCUCCUCAUUGUCAUGUAUCAAAAUUUGAAGAUUAUUUAUAAAUAAUCUUUGAGUUGCCGAUAUGUUGGUUUACAUAUGUAGAAACACACACACAUGUUUGUUCUAUUGGCAAUCACAAUAUUAAAGGGCAUUUUCGGUAA